UAUGGGGGUUAAAGGCUUGAAGCAUGAAGCAGGAGAAGCAGGAGAAGCAGGAGAGAGUAUAGUGAGAUUACAGAAAACAAAAAAUGACGUUGGACGACGAUAGCUCUAUAUACGUUGGUGGUCUGCCCUACGACGCCUCCGAAGAUACCAUUCGCACUGUCUUCAACUUGUAUGGUGCCAUCCUUGAUGUCAAGAUUAUCAAUGACCAGCGUACCAGAGGCAAAUGCUAUUGUUUUGUUACUUUCACAAACCCUAGGUCAGCAAUUGAUGCUAUCAACGAUAUGAAUGGCAGAGGACAAACAAAUGUGCUAAAGGGUCUUAUACUUAGAGACAGAGGGAGUAUGCAACAUUUAGUAGUCAUUGUUGUGGUCAAGAGUUUUAGGCCUUUAACAUUGUUGCUAUGAAUCAGAGCAUAGGUGGGCGUAUGGUUAAAGUUAAUGGGGUGAAGACUCGUGGUGGCAGAUCAAAUUUUGGGAGAGAACGAAAUUUUUAUCAUAAUAAUGAUGAGAGGAAUGGAGACUGGGAUCGUGGUAGAGAUCGAGACCAAGAUUAUGAUCAUGGUAAUGAGAAAGAUGCAUAUCAUGGUAGAGAUCGAGACCUAAAUUAUGAUCAUGGUAAUGAGAAAGAUGGAUAUCGUGGUAGAGAUCGAGACCAAGUUUAUGAUCAUAAUAAUGAGAAAGAUGGAUAUCGUGGUAGAGAUCGAGACCAAGUUUAUGAUCAUGGUAAUGAGAAAGAUGGAUAUCGUGGUAGAGAUCGAGACCAAGAUUAUGAUCAUUGUAAUGAGAAAGAUGGAUACCGUGGUAGAGAUCGAGACCAAGAUUAUGAUCAUGGUAACGAGAAAGAUGGAUAUCGUGGUAGAGAUCGAGACCAAGAUUAUGAUCAUGGUAACGAGAAAGAUGGAUUUAGGAAUAGAAACAGUGAUUGGACUCGACAUCGUGAUCGGUCUCGAGAUCGUGAUUGGUCCCGAGACCAUGAAAAGGAUAGGGAUAGAAGAGUUGAACAUGUGCAAGAUUAUGAUCAAGCGAAAGAAAGCAUGUUAGAUGAUGAUUGGAAUAGAGAGGAUGAUAGGGCUGAAAAUGAACAAGAAAACAGCAGGGUACAUGGUGGAGAUGUGGAUAGAGACCAUAACACAGAUUUGGAGGCAGACAGAAAGAUGGAUAGGGUUAGUGAUCCUGAUGGAAGUUUUGACGAACAUAAAAAGGAACAGCCAAGGAGAAACAUCGAAUUUCCCUGUAGUUUGAAUGUGACAAAUCAAAAUAGUCCAUCAGAUUCUAAUGGUGGCCGCAAUGAUGAGGUUGAAGAUGAAUUAGAUAGGUCAAUGCAACGGCUUGAUCAACUAAAAAAGGAGGUUUCUCAUUUGGAAGGGGGAUUGGAAGAGAAAAGGCACAAUGUUAUGGAGUUACAAAAACAAUCAAAGAAGUUGGAGGAAGCAGUAAUUACUGCUAAGAAACAGUCUAUAUCUCGCCAGAUGCAGUUGAGUAAGCUGCAUAAGUGUUUUCUCCAAAUGCAACAUUGCACAGAAAGACUUAAAGCUAGUGAAAAUGAACUCCGGGCUCUAGUUGAUACAGUAAUGUUUGAGAGUGAUGGGGAUGGUGCUGUACAACAUACAAAUGGAAGUCUUGAUGGCAGAUAGUUAUUAUUAACUCCUAUCAUAUUUCCAAAAAUACCAAAAUGUAUGAAAAUAUUUUUGUAGCAUGUGUUGUCUCUUUAAUUGCUAGCUGGGUUUUAUUAUCUCACUGUCUCCCUGUAUGGUUAGAAAUAUCAUUGGUUACUUUUGAAGUUCAUAGAUUUGUGCGAAAAAUUUCAUACCAACAAGCAGUGCUCUAAUCACGUUUGGACAAAAAUUACAGGAGAGUGAGUAGCUUUUACCCAAACCCAAGUAUGGUUUGAAACCUCAACAGUAGAACAAAUAUGUAUCACGGACCAUUUUUUUCAAGAUUAAUGUUUGUUUUACAUUGUAUUUAAAAUCAA